CCGCCGCCCCGCCGUCCCCAGGCCGCGUCGGCCCCGGCAUGUAUCAGAGCCCGCGGCGGCUCUGCUCGGCCCUGCUGCGGAGGGACGGCGCGGGCCUGCGCCGCCUGCCCGGCCCCGGCCUGCCCGGCCCCGGCCCGCGCCGCCAGGCGCCGCCACCCCCGGCCCCGCGACUGCUGACGGCGGCCCCCGGCGCCGCGAGGCCCCGCUCCCCCACAGCCUCUCCCAUGGGACACGGCACGAGCCGGCUCUACAGCGCUCUCGCCAAGACGCUGACCAGCGGCGCCGCCGCCCCGCACCCCGAGUACCUGCUGUCCCCCGACCCUGAGCACCUGGAGCCCAUCGAUCCCAAGGAGCUUCUGGAGGAAUGCCGCGCCGUCCUGCACACCCGGCCGCCCCGGUUCCAGCGGGACUUCGUGAGCGUGAGCAGCGUGAGCAGCGAGUGCCCCAGCAGCCACCCGCCCAUCAGGGUCAUGCAGUGGAACAUCCUCGCCCAAGCCCUUGGAGAAGGCAAGGACAACUUCGUGCAGUGUCCGGCGGAGGCGCUCAGGUGGGAAGAAAGGAAGUGUCUUAUUCUGGAGGAGAUCCUGGCCUACCAGCCCGACAUCCUGUGCCUGCAAGAGGUGGACCACUACUUUGACACCUUCCAGCCGCUGCUCAGCCGACUGGGCUACCAGUGCACCUUUCUCCCCAAGCCCUGGUCGCCCUGUCUGGAUGUGGAGCACAACAAUGGGCCCGAUGGCUGUGCCUUGUUCUUCCUCCAGAACCGGUUCAAGCUCAUCAACAGCGCCAACAUUAGGCUGACAGCCAUGACACUGAAAACCAACCAGGUGGCCAUCGCGCAGACGCUGGAGUGCAGGGAGUCUGGGCGGCAGCUGUGCGUGGCGGUCACGCACUUGAAAGCGCGCACCGGCUGGGAGCGGUUCCGGUCGGCUCAGGGCUGUGACCUUCUCCAGAACCUGCAGAGCAUCACGCAGGGGGCCAGGACCCCCCUCAUCGUGUGCGGGGACUUCAACGCGGAGCCCACCGAGGAGGUGUACAGGCACUUCGCUUCCUCCAGCCUCAACCUGAGCAGCGCCUAUAAGCUGCUCAGCGCCGACGGGCAGUCGGAGCCGCCCUACACCACCUGGAAGAUCCGGACUUCAGGGGAGUGCCGCCACACCCUGGACUACAUCUGGUACUCCCAGCACGCGCUCAGCGUGCGCUCCGCUCUGGACUUGCUCACCGAGGAACAGAUCGGACCCAACCGGCUCCCGUCCUUCAAUUACCCCUCAGACCACCUGUCCCUCGUGUGUGACUUCAGCUUUAAGGAGCCGCCUCAUGGACUUCUGUAAACCGGCUGUGCACCGUUUUAACCACUCCAGUCUUUCACUGGGGUGCUGCGGGGAACCAGACAAGAAGGGCCGGGGAGGCUCGCCGCACUCCGCCGGGCUGCCUCCCCUUCCCUGCCCUCCCCCUCGCAGGCAGCCGCUGGAGGGCAUUCGGGCCCAUUUGGAAGCUUUUUCAGUUUGAGGAUGCUGCAAAACUCAGAAGUUGCUCGAGCCCUUCAUCAUUAACAAUGAGUAUGCAGGAACAAGUUCUAGAGAGAGCGUUUCCAUUAUUUAUUCAUUUUCUUAAUGUCAAUAAGAUAUGCAUGGCAAUAUUUAUUUUUUUAUAUCUUCUUGUAAAACUUAAGUAAAUCAUAGCAUUGUGCAAAAACAUAAGACACAGACAGUGAUUUUCUUAAAUCUUGGCGAUGCUGUCAUUUGCUGGUUUAACAGUGUACGCAGCCCUGUCUCCAUGAGAGCAGGCUCGGCUCCCCGAUCACACACAGCCCUGGUUCCUACACGGUUUCAGAUUGUUUCUUAAACAGAUUCCAGUUCUCCAUUAUUUAGUGACUGCUGUGUAUUUAUACUUCGUUAGGAUAAUUUUGGUGUACAUCUGUCAAUUACUUGAUCCCCCUGUUUGUAUAUGGCUUCUUUCACAGUAGGGGCUGUUGACCACUUACGGCAGUGCCUAAGAAAGCAGUAAGAGACUACAGAUGAAGCCUCUUCUAGACAAAGCCUACUGGCGAUUCACUGUAAAUAGUGAAGAGGAAUAAAUACGUCUUCUAAAGCUAGUGCUCUGAAUGGCUUGGGUUUGGGGUUUGGGGUUUUUUCUAAUGGCACCAGGUUGGAAACAUUCUCGGAUGAUGAUUUCCUCCCCUUGCCUUGCCUGACACCAAGACAAACGUGCUGCUCCUGAGCAUUUGGAAACUUACAGGACUACCUCAGUCAUCUGAUCCUUCUCUUUGUCAAGACACUGGAAACCAAAGCUUAUUAAUUAUUGUGAAACAUUACAGCAUAUUCUGUGUAUAAAUUUACUAGAUGGUAACCUAGCUUUUAUCUUUGCCUACAUGUUUUAUACUGCAACACAAAUCCUAAGGGACUCGUAAUGUGGCUGCCAUCUGAUUCUGGUUCCCAUCAAUUGGUAAACCUUACA